AUGGAUCAAUAUCAUAAUCAUAUUUAUGUAUCAUUGAUACUCCAUAUUCUUGAAGAAAAUGACGAAAUAAAAAAUUUGGUUAGAGAUGAUUCAAUUUAUGAUGGUCAAACAAGUAAAAAUGGACGCCAAGAUUCACGUAUGAGUUUAUUAGAUCAUGGUCAUCGCCAAGGAAGUAGUUAUUUAGAGGCUCACAGAGCAUUAAGAAAGAUGAAACUUUCGGUGGUUAUUGAACAAGUUAGCGUUAUUUUGCUUCCGGAUGAUACGCUUAUAACAAUUUUUCAACAUAGCGGAAAGUCCGUUUAUAAGCUAAUCCUUGAACGAAUUAAUCAACCGAAGACGAUACUACGAUCUUCAAAAGACGCUAGCUUACUUAUGGAGGCUGUCAUUGACACGAUUGUUGACUUAGCAAUUCCGAUUAUUGAUUCUUAUCGACAUCAAAUUUAUGAAUUAGAAGGAAAAUUAUUAAUUAUACCGAAAAUGAAUUAUAUGCAUGAACUUCAUAUGAUCACUGGAGAAUUGACACUUCUCAAAAAGACAUUAGCGCCCAUAAAAGGUCUAGUGACAAUUUUAAGAAAGCAUAGUGAUGAAAAAUCACUUAUCACGCCGUUGGCUAAAGUUUAUUUUUCAGACGUUUCGACAAUGAUUAAAAUGGGAGAAAAUUUGGUUAACAUGAUUUUCAACUUAAUUGCGUAUGAGACGAAUGAAAAUAUGAAAUUAUUAGCUUUAUUAUCUCUAAUUUUCUUGCCAAUGACAUUUAUUGCUGGAUACUAUGGAAUGAACUUCGAGGUCUUUCCAGAUCUUUUUAAACCUAUAAGUUAUUUCUGGUGGGCAACAGGUCUUAGUACAAGUCUGAUAGUGGUAGGAUUUACUUACCGUUAUUGGUCAAAUUGGAUUUUAAGAUUUUGGAAAUAUUUACAAAAUAAAAAAUUACAAAAGAAAUUAAGAAAUUCACAUAAUUGA